UGUCUUCACCGGCGGUUUGGCGGAGGGGGUGGAGCCCCGUCCGCUUGCACGGCUGAGACCAAAUUAGGGGCAGAGCUACCACAGCAGAGGGCAGGGAGCAGAUCCAGGCGGAUCUGGACGCGCUGGAAAAAUGGGCAGGAUGAGGUAGGGUGCAGUUCAACAAAGAUGAGUACGAAGCGCUGCACCUGGGCAAAAAGACGCGCCCGCACACUUCCAGGCUGGGGCGGACUUCAGCGGCACAGCAGCGGAGAGGGAUCUGGGAGUCAUCGCUGACACCAAGGUGAACGUGAGCCGUCAGCGUGAUGAAACGAUCGACAAGGCUAACCUUCUAGCAGGCGCAUGACGAGCAGGUCCAGGGAGGCGAUGCUCCCCCUCGAUGCGGCGCUGGUCAGGCUGCGGCUGGAGUGCUGCGUCCAGUCUGGGCACCGCGCUUUGGGAGGGACGCGGAGACUCCCGAGAGGGUCCGGAGGAGGCCGCUCGUAUGGUCAGAGGCCUGCGAGCAAGACCCUACGAGGAGAGACUGAGGGACCUGGAUCUCUUCAGCCUCCGCAAGAGAAGGCUGAGGGGUCUUGUGGCUGCUGCACAUUCGUCAGGGGAAGGCAGCAGGGGGUAGGGGAUGCUUUAUUUACCAGGGCAUCCCCCGGAGUAACUAGGAACAACGGCCACAGACUGACGGAGAGCAGAUUUAAGUUGGACGUCGGGGAGAAUUUCUUCACCAUCAGGGUUGCCAGAAUCUGGAGCGGGCUCCAAGGGAGGUGGUCUCUCCCCUACCCUGGGGGCCUUCAAGAGGAGACUGGACAUGCACCUGGCGGGGGUCGUCUGGCCUCGGUGCUCCUUCCUGCCCAGGGCAGGGGGUCGGACUUGAUGGCCUACUGAGGUCCCUUCCCACCCUAACAUCUAUGAAUCUAUGUGGGAGCUGAGAGCUCAGCUGAAUUCACCGGGGCUCGGACACGUGUGGAGGAAAGGGGCAUCGGUGGCUCUGGGGCAGGGAGUGAGGGGCACGGCCUCUGCAUCAGCCCUGCCUGCACCUCAGUGCUGGAGGCUGCAGGGGAGAGGAAUGGGGAAAACCCUGCUCAGACCCAGGCACUCUCCCUCCAGCUCUCCCCAUGGGGGACAAACAUAUUUGAUGUGCCAAAAAAAGCUCGUGGGCUGUUGCCCAUCGUGAAACCUAUACGCCUCCCUUACUACGGGACCAUGGGACUGAGCAAGACAGACCUGGGGUCCUGCCCAGUGCAUUGCCGCUUUUGUUCCCACACACAAUCCUGGCCUGCCAGGUGCCAUUAGUCCAGGGAGCCCGGACACAGCUGGUGGCAGCUGCCCAGUCCCUGCCCCAGGUCCUGGCCUGCCCAGCCCUGCAGAGAGGAGGCAGGAAUUGCCCAGAUAUCUCCCCCUCUCUCCCCCCACGUGCCCCAGAGGACUAGCACAGCUUGGAGCAGGUUGUGGGGAGAAGCAGGACGGAUGACUCUGGGGAGGCAGCCCAGCCCAGCCCCUGGCCCCACAGGAGGAUAAGAGAUGGGCACCGGACUGGGUAGAGAUGGGGAGGGAAGGGGGCAGGUCUCAUUGCUACCCUGCAGGUUGGCUGAGCCGUGGUUCUCCCCAGCCACUGCCCCCAGGCAGAUGAGCCCAGGACGCUUCUCCAGGGUAGUCCAACCCCAGGCUUCUCCACUCCCAGCCCCCUGGCUCCUCUGGGCUGUUUCGGCCAGCCAGAGGGGCGGACGGGUCAAGAGGCAGUGGGAGACAAAGAAGGGGCUGGGCUGGGCUGGGCUGGGGCAGGGAUGUCCUACUCCUGCUCCCGAUGCAGCCCAUGCAUGAUGCGGUGACAAGGCAUCUCCUGGAAGUGCCUAUCCCGCUGGGGCCAUGUGCUGGGCAGAGCCUGGACUUGCCUCUUCCGGGGCGUUGGCUUAGGGAACGGCAGCAGGAGACGGCACCAGGCUCUUCCUGGCAGGGCCACGCCCAGGCUGCCCCAGUUUGCACCCUACGUCCUCCUGCCAGCAGCUUUCCUGUCAGCUGGGGCUGCCUCUGGAGCCCAGCAGCGCCGCACAAGGGUGCAUGACGCAGAAACAGAUGUGGGUUGGCAACAUUUCACAACGGGGAAGGAAGGGUGAGAAGAACCUCCCUUUUGCUUUCGCAAGGAUAGAAAUCCCAAGGUACUGAUACCUUCCCAGCCCGCGAGUGAUUGGGCUUUGCCCAGUCCCCAGAGCUUCAGAUUUGAGUGAAAUCAGUCAGGGAACGUCUGUCAGAGUGGGACAGAGGCUGGCCACCGCGCACGUGGGACAGAGGCUGGGGGGAAAUUGGGAGCCCUCGGCAGUUUCCAGCAGACGUGCCUCCAUCCUCCGGUCUCCCAGCCGGCAUUGGUGAGUAUUGCCGCUGGGCCAUCACGGCAGCCAGCUCCCCUGGGGAGAAGCAUUUGUUCUCAUGUCUGAAGCUGUGGGCGAGUGGAAGGGAAGUUCCCCGUGCCUGCGUAACACUCCUCUGCCUCCAUUGCAGGAGCCAGAUGCCCAAGAGGAAAGGUGUCGCCUCUCUGAGCAGCCUGUGCCUGGGGAGCGUGGCCCAGCACAUGCAGGGUGUGUGGGUGAAGGACUACAGCGAGAACUAUCUGGACGAGUACCACUUCCGCUACAUCAUGGGGCCCUUCAACGAGCUGGCUGGCUGCCUGGUCCAGGACCUGCUGAAGCAACUGGGGGAGAGCCGGCGCCUGACACGGGCCGCGCUGCACUUGCUGCUGGUGCCGCACCUGCGGGAGCUCAGCCUGCGCGCCUGCCCCAGCCUGGUCAGCAAUGCCAUUGCCCAGCUGGUCGCUACACGCUGCAAUACCCUGUGCUCUUUGGACCUGCACGGCUGCAGCCGGGUCUCAGCAGCCGCGCUUAUGGACCUGCUGGAGGGGCUGCCACUGCUGACGGGGCUGGACCGGGCAGAGACGCAGGGGCGGCAGCUGGACAUCUCGGGCUGCCGCAGGGUGACAUCAGAAGCCCUGCUGCACCUGGCCUAUGACCCAACAGCACGCGUCCCGUGCUGCCCGGCUUUGCGGGUGCUGCUUGCCAGUGGCAUUGAACCGCAGGGGCGAGCCGCAGACUUGGUGGGGGCCUUGGCCUUCCUGCUGCUGGCGCUGCCCAGCCUGGAGGUGCUGGCCAGCAGCUGCGUCAUGGAGGCCUUGUGCCUCAUCCACACCCAGUGCUUCCAGGAUCCCGGGGCCACGGCGCCACCAGGGUUCCCCUCGCUGAAGGAGCUGGCGCAGCACCGGCAGGGCGGCCAGACAGGCAGCAGGGACGCAUGGCUCACGCUGCCCCUCAAGCGGGUGGACGAGGUGGAGGAGCCCUUCCUCACGACCCUCUGCGCCGUGUGCCCGGAGGCAGAGGAGGUGACCGUGGCUCUGAACGACGGCCCCAGCGCGUGCUGGGACAGCCUGGCAUGGGGGCGCCUUUCCUGCCUGGUGCUGCACUGCACGGGGCCCCGAGGGCGGGGGCUGGCUGAGACGGUGCCCCUGGUGCAGAGCCUGGGGCCGAGGCUGCGCUCCCUGGCCCUGCACGGCUUCACCUACGACGACGAGCUGUCCCUGAGUGCCCUACUGGACAGCUGCCCCGGCCUCCACACCUUCAGCACCCACCUGUGCACCCCCGCUGAGCCUCCCUGGACGCCAGAUGGAGAUGCCGAGCUGCAUGGCUGGGCCCCCAACCUCGUCCACCACAGCUUCCCCCAGCUGCAGCACUUCAGCCUGGCUCUGUCCUGCACCCAGGGGCCCCUGCCCGGCCAGCACGUGGCAGUCCUGCGGGCCAUCCUCGCUGCCGUGCUGAGCUGCGCCCCAUGCCUGGAGACCCUGCAGCUCCUCUGCCUGCCCUUUUCCCUGGACGGCCUGUUCCAGGCAGUGCUGCAGGCGCCCGGCCCAGUCCUGUGCCACCUGCGGGAGCUCUCGCUGGCCGAGAGCCAGGUGUCCAGCAGCACCGUGCGCCUGCUGCUGGCCUCGGAUGGGCCCCUCCGCACCCUGAACCUGGUCGGCUGCCGGGACAUCCACCGCCGGGACUACGACCAGUUCGUCCGCACGGUACAGGAGCAGCAGCUGCAGCUGGACAUCACCUGGCAGUGAUGGGGGACUCCAGACACAGCACCGCAACUGCUCCCCUCCACCUGCUGCCCCAGAUCACAUCCUGGACAUGGGGGCCAGUGAGGCAGCCACGUUUAAUAAAGCAGAGAGAAUGGGGUCCCUUCUGUACAACGGCCCUGACAGCAUCUCUGCCAAGCAUCUGUGUUCAGCUGAGCGAUGACUGGGGGGUGGGG